UCCCUCCAGCCGAUCGACCGCCGUGCGCGUCCUUCACAUCAGCACGGAGAACGUGAAGCUCGCAUCCACAUCCUCAGCGCGCAAUGCUGUGGGAUCUGAACCCAAAACCAGCAAACCUCCCCGAGUGGGUGCGUGUGGGCGAGGAGAGAACAACACAAGCAGGAUAAAAGAAAAAGAAAAACACGCGACGAACUGCCAAGAUGUUGUUUUUUAGGUGGAAAGAAUGUGGUUUGCGCUAAAGGGAACAUCGGAAAGAGUCAUCUGUAACUUCUGGAUUUACGCUGUGGAGAGCAGACGGUCAUUCAGAGCACCAACAUGCCCGUGAGAAGAGGGCACGUAGCGCCGCAGAACACUUUUCUUGGGCUAAUCAUUCGGAAAUUCGAGGGACAGAACCGUAAAUUUGUGAUAGCCAAUGCCAGAGUGGAGAACUGUGCGAUCAUAUACUGCAAUGAUGGCUUCUGUGAGAUGACAGGCUUCUCCAGACCAGACAUCAUGCAAAAGCCAUGCACUUGUGACUUCCUCCAUGGCCAGCUGACCGACAAAGAGGCCAUCAGCCAGGUGGCUGAAGCUGUUCUGGGGUCAGAAGAGCGCAAGGUGGAGAUCACCUACUACCGCAAGGAUGGUUCGGACUUUCAGUGUAACACUCACAUAAUCCCAGUGAAGAACGAGGAGGGUGUGGUGAUAAUGUAUAUCUUAAAUUUCGAUUACGUUGUGGAUGAAGGAAGUGACAACUCCACAGAGAAGAUAAAUCCGACAUCCCCGACAAAGUCAGAUCAAAGGAGGAGUAAAUUCUUCCGCUUCCGUCAGGCUGCUUUGAGUCUUAUGAAUACCAACAAGCAAUUUCUCCCGCAAGAUGACCCCGAUGCUAUGACGGUGGACUCUCCCAAAGAGAACGAGAACUCUGUGGACCUGCAGAGCUUCCCCUCACCAUCCAAGAGCAUUUGCAGCCCUACUGAAACCAAUGACACACAUGCCCUCAUCAGCUCAGUCCACUGCUCCUCCCAGGCAAGCAUGGCUCCAGAAUCACUUGACCGCUCAUCCCCUAGGCACCCGUGGGAAAAGUUAUACCAGACAGAGCAACACCAGUCCUGUUCAUCAUUGUCAAACACCUUCCCCAGAGGCAGCAUCACCAGCAUCAGGCGAGCCUCAUCCAUCCAUGAAAUUGAAGGCUACAGCUCCAACUCCAAAAGCCAAUUCAGGGAUCGUCGUGCAAAUGAUGGUCCAUUUAAAAACCACAUGCAUUCCAGUGCACUUGGCUCCACCUCGGACUCCAACAUCAACAAGUACACCACCAUCAACAAGAUCCCAUUGAUUGCGCUCCACUUUGCCGAGGGGACCGAUAAGAAGACUCAUUCUCCACCAACAUCAGAGAAAACCAUCAUAGCCCCAAAGGUCAAAGACAGAACGCAUAAUGUCACGGAAAAAGUCACACAGGUGCUGUCACUGGGCGCUGACGUGCUGCCAGAGUACAAACUGCAGACAGCCCGAAUUGACAAGUUCACCAUCCUCCACUACAGCCCCUUCAAAGCUGUGUGGGACUGGCUGAUCCUGCUGCUGGUCAUCUACACGGCCAUCCUCACUCCCUACUCCGCGGCUUUCCUCCUCAACGACCAGGAGGAGCAGAGGCGGCGUGAAUGCGGAUACUCCUGCAGCCCUCUCAACGUGGUGGAUUUGAUGGUGGAUAUCAUGUUCAUCAUCGACAUCCUCAUUAACUUCAGGACUACUUACGUAAACCAGAAUGAGGAGGUCGUCAGCCAUCCAGCUAAGAUAGCAGUCCAUUACUUCAAAGGCUGGUUCCUUAUAGACAUGGUGGCAGCAAUCCCCUUUGACCUCCUUAUCUUUGGCUCAGGAUCAGAUGAGACUACCACCCUGAUUGGCCUUUUGAAGACAGCCAGACUCCUACGAUUGGUGCGUGUUGCCAGGAAGUUGGACCGUUAUUCUGAGUAUGGAGCUGCUGUGCUAAUGUUGCUUAUGUGCAUCUUUGCCCUCAUUGCCCACUGGCUAGCUUGUAUAUGGUAUGCCAUCGGCAAUGUGGAGAAGCCCUACUUGGAACACAAGAUUGGCUGGCUGGACAAUCUGGGCGUGUCCAUAGGAAAGAGGUACAACUACAGUGACCCUACAUCCGGUCCUUCAAUCAAGGACAAGUAUGUCACAGCACUUUACUUCACCUUCAGCAGUCUGACCAGCGUGGGCUUUGGAAACGUUUCUCCAAACACCAACUCUGAGAAGAUUUUUUCCAUUUGUGUCAUGUUGAUUGGCUCCCUCAUGUAUGCCAGUAUUUUUGGUAACGUCUCUGCCAUCAUCCAGAGGUUGUACUCGGGCACGGCCCGCUAUCAUGCUCAAAUGUUGCGAGUCAAAGAGUUCAUCCGCUUCCACCAGAUUCCCAACCCGCUGAGGCAAAGGCUGGAGGAGUACUUCCAACACUCCUGGACUUACACCAAUGGCAUUGAUAUGAACACGGAGGUGUUAAAAGGCUUUCCUGAGUGCCUGCAGGCAGACAUUUGCCUUCACCUCAACAGGAAUCUUCUGCAUAACUGCAAAGCGUUCCAAGGUGCUACAAAAGGUUGCCUGAGGGCACUGGCCAUGCGUUUCCAAACCACUCAUGCACCUCCUGGAGACACCUUGGUCCACAGUGGAGAUGUCCUUACUGCUCUCUACUUCCUGUCCCGUGGCUCCAUUGAGAUCCUGAAAGAUGACACUGUGGUAGCCAUUCUGGGAAAAAAUGACAUUUUUGGAGAAAUGAUCCAUCUUUUUACCAAGCCUGGAAAGUCCAACGCUGAUGUGCGCGCACUGAGUUACUGUGAUCUGAGCACCAUUCAGAGAGAAGAUUUAAUGGAGGUAUUAGACAUGUACCCAGAGUUUGCCGACUAUUUCUUCAACAACUUGGAGCUGACGUUCAACCUCAGAGACGAGUCUGCCAUGCCCUCCAGUUCUCAUGACUGUGAUUCAGAUGGUGAAGGCGCCAAUGGCAUGAAGAGAAGAAUAUCAUUCACACCAAAUGCACCAAAUGGGGGAAAUAAGGAGGUGGUUAGACACUUACGGAAGGAGCGGCAACGAAACCCCUGCCUAAAGAGACGUUCUGUGGACUUGGGUCGCUCCUCGCCCGAUGCCCCAGUCCUGAAGUCAGAUCUCAUCAGACAGAUCCAGGUCAGCGAGGGCUCGGAGAGAAGUUCCUCAUUUGAAGAUCUGUGUGGUGAUAAAUGGAGCUGUAAGAAGCCAUCAGAGUACCUGGAUGAGUCAGCACAGUUCCAGGAGCUGAGAGAGGAGGAGAACUCUGCCAGUGACAUGACGUACGGCGAGGUAGAGCAGCGCCUCGGCCAGCUCCAACGCCACUUAAACAGGCUGGAAUCUCAGCUGAUGUCAGAUAUUCAUAGUAUCCUGCAGUUGCUGCAAAGACAGCCAACCCUCGGACCUCCGGCCUACAGCACUGUGACUGCCAGUCCAGAUUAUCACAGACCUGCUGUGAGCGUUCAACCGGUUACUCUGACUGCAAGCCAUUUGUUCAGCCAUAAAGGGACACAAGGCCACAACCACAAACUGGAGAGGACUGUUCAGGAGCCCAAAGACUCUCUAUCGAGCUUGGCUAAUGUGAACGCACCCACAGAGGACCGUCUUACCGCUUUGUUUGUACAAAGACCUACGGAGCCACAACUACUACGACUGCCGCAACAACAGGACAUCCCUGGGCACCAGCAGUCCACAAUGAUUUUAUUUCCACCUGAAACAUCUUCCACCAUCUCCUUCUCUUCCUCCACAACACCUUCUGAAUCCCACCUCACCACCCCUGGACUCGAGAGACCUGUUUCAGAUCCAAGGUUUCCACGACCAUAAACCAUUCCAGCAGCACACAUUUAGAUGGUCUAAUAUUUUGGUUGUAAUGCUGUAAUUACGGAGUAGUGGCAUUUUAUCAGCAUGUUGGCACAGUAUUGUUGUAACUUUUGUAGUAGAGAAAUGAUUUUGAUUAUGCAUGUAGAUUAAUAAUGUUUUGCGAUUAACAGUGUAACUACACACUGUUUUCAGGCGGUAUCGUUGUAAUAACAAAAGCUUGAGACAAAGCUUCUACUGAAACGCAUUACACACUCUGAAUA